AUGAACGUCUCACGGCCGGCAAGAUGCCUGUUCUGCAGCUUUUCCCGGGCGGCCAGCACUGGCGCUCGCGUGCCUCGACGACAAUUUCAUUUGACCGCUGCCCAGCUUAAUCAGAAGCCGAAGCAGCCGACGAACAAGGCUCCUGAAAUGAAGACUCUCGAGGAGAUCACCAAGAAUCUCAAGCCCGAAGACUUCAAGCCUUACACGGAAGAAGAGAAGGCCCGGUUAAAGGAGGAGUACUCCGAGGCUCAAAUCGCCGCCAUCGAGGCUGGUGAGGAAGCAAUUGAUCCCAAAGAUCUGGCCGAGCAGUUCGCUAUUCGGAGGGAUCCCAUGAAGUUUCACUAUUUGGACGACUUCUCGACGAUCGAGCCCGUGGUGGACCACCACAUCCGUGCGCCCAAGGAGAACUCCGACUACUUCGCCGAACUCAAGGACGAGGAUGACUUUGCAGAAGACUUUGCUCGCUUCUUUGCCGAGAUGCCUGAGAAUGCCACGGCGGCGGACUGGGUUCGCUUUACGGAGAACUUGCGUCUGACGAAAGGCAAGGAGGAAAACGAACGCAACCCCAGCAGCGCCCUUGUGCCUCCCCUUUUCGAGCCUGGAGAGUCGCUCAGCCGGGAUCCUCAGCCAGAGAAGCCUGUGAAGGAGGUGCAGGAGAAAGGCCAGCAGACUGAAGAGAUGACGGAUGCGCUGAAGAGAUUGCUGCAGUCUACGGGAUACACAUUGGACAUGAUCCGAUCUCUCAAGCUGAAGACGCUCGUCUCGCAUCCAGUCGUCAACCAGACUCGUCUGGGUAAGGUGCGUCGGCAGUACUGUCUGUCUAUUGCCGGCAACGGGAAUGGCCUGUUGGGCAUUGGAGAGGCCAAGUCAGAAGAAGCGGGUGAUGCCAUGACGCAGUCCAAGUACCGAGCCAUCCGAAACAUGCAGCCUAUCCUGCGGUACGAGAACCGGACGAUUUACGGCGAUGUAGAGGGGAAGGUUGGAGCGGUGGAAUUGAAAUUGAUGACUCGACCACCAGGCUUUGGUCUCCGCUGCCAGCACCUCAUCUUCGAAAUGGCCCGCGCGGCAGGUAUCCAUGAUCUGGCUGCACGAGUGACCCGGUCACGGAACCCGAUGAACACGGUCAAGGCGGCCUACGAGGCGCUGAUGAGCCAGAAGGACCCAGAGGAGAUUGCGCGCGCCAGAGGCAAGAAAUUGGUCGAUGUGCGCAAGGUGUACUAUGCGGGAAGAGUCUAG